AUGUCACAGAAUAGUCUCUUCAGACAGCAGAAUUGUUACGAUAAAUUCGUUGAAUACUUGAAUCCUGAUCAAAAUAAAACUGGCUACCAAGUUAUUAACUCAUUAGCAACGCAACUUUGUCCAAUUACAAUUCAAAAUGUGAAGAAUUAAUAUAAGCCCUAUGUCUGCACUUUUUCAAGCAUAUUCAGUUAUUUCUAUCUUAGUCAAUUAAAGCUAACAAAGAGCAAUUUACAAAGCUUUGCAAUAAGCUAUUGCAGCAAACUAAGUGCAGUGUCAAUGGAAAAGACGAGGCUGAUUACUGAACUAUCAAAAUUACCUUUGGGUAAUCAAACUAAAUUCACUAAUUAGUGUAUGGACAUGUAUAUUGAAUUUGAAAGUUCUAAUGUGUGGAUCGAUCCUCUUAUCCCCUCUACCGAUAUUCCCAUUGGCCCUCUAUGCAAUAAUCUAUUCAGUUUGUUUAGUGAAAUGUAAUAGUCCAAUUUGUUAUCUGAAUUUAUGACAACCAUUGAGAUGAAUAUAUUCUAAAACUGUUCAAACUACUAAGUUUAAUAGUAAAUUCCUAAACAAUAUUGCUUGAACAAUAUUGAACCAUCUAUUGAUUUUUGGGAUAUGGAUGAUAAUAUUUGCAUGUCAAUGGAAUUUGAUGAUGAAAAGUAGAAUACUUGUGAAUCCGUGAUUAAACCAGUAUUUGCAAGUCUUAAUAAAAGCUUAAUCAAAACGACUGAGGACAUUUUCAAUGAAGUUUCUAAAACACAGUCUAAACUUCUUAUGAAAGAUUAUAACUUGUGA